AUGAAAUACUGCUCCAAAGAGUGCCAGCGCGCCAACUGGAAAGCCCACAAGCAUGAUUGCCAGCUUUGGAUGGGAUACCUUACGGCAGUGAGAAACGAUGAGCAGGGCGCGGUUGUAAACGGGCGGGAGUCCACGCAGACGUCCACGCAGACGUCCACGAGGCGCGAAGACCAGACAUUCGCUUCAGGCACGACAAGAUCCGAAAUUGACCUCAACGACCCCGCCAUCAUCUUCAAAUUCAUGGAAUCACACCACGACCCUCUCCUCAAAGCAGAGUUCAACGCUCUUCCUAACGACGAACUGAUCCCGUUCUUGGACAUUGUAAUGGACCGCAUGAACCCGAACCAUCCCGCUAGUUUCUUCGAGGAAGACAAUCUCACGAACCCUACCUUCCGGGCGUCAUAUCUCCAGAUGUGCGCAAACGAUUCGGGCAAGCAGAUUACCGACACUGUGCCUCCAGCAUACUGGAAAGAGGAUGGUGGAGCCCAUUACUUAGAAGACAUGGAAGGCGGACUAAUGCUACGACGUUCACCUGCGGCUUGCGCGAAUGCCCCGGAGUAUGAUAGCGAAGAGAUAUCCGAGGGCUGGAUGCCAACCGUCUACAGACCAACAACAGGAACAGGACUCCCACGGGCUGCCAGCUGUCUCAUCUGCCAUUUGACGACCAACCUGAAGAAAUGCGCGGGUUGCGGUGUAGCGAGUUACUGCUCAAGGGCAUGUCAGGCUCAAGACUGGGUCAAAAUGCGCAAGCACUACUGCCAACAGAUAAAGACUUGGGGUAAAGGAGCCUGGGAAACCCACUUCAUACCUAGAGAUGAUGCUGGCAUUGGCGCUACUAGCGGCGCGAGUCGAACCGGGGAGACGGCUGAGAGCUUUGAACAAGACCCUGACCCGGAAGACGGCGAGGAGAAAGCGAAGGUAUUCGUCGAAGGGAUUAACAUGGCGGAAAACUAUGGCAUGCCCCAUGUGCCAAAGAUCGACUUCAACGAACCGUCGACUGUAUUCCUCUGGGCUAAAGCACUCAAAGACCAAUCCAUCAUGGCGCAGUUCACUGCACAAGACCUGGACGAGUUCAAAGCUUUCAAAGAGAGGGUUUCCUAG